AUGGUGGUGAAGCUGUCAGUUUUUGCUCUGCUGCUCCUGGUUUUAACCGCCACAGGUGGUGACGCUCAGUCAGACGUUUGUGGCUCAGCGCCGCUCAACACGAAGAUUGUGGGCGGAGAUGUGGCCGUCGCGGGGGCGUGGCCCUGGCAGGCCAGUCUGCACAGGUUCGGAUCACAUUUCUGUGGCGGAUCACUGAUCAACAACCAGUGGGUGUUGACGGCCGCUCACUGCUUCUCCAGCUCCAGCACGUCCGGUUUCACCGUUUAUCUCGGACGUGAGACCCAACAGCAGUUUAACUCCAACGAGGAGUCCCGCUCACUGUCUCAGGUCAUCAGACAUCCCGACUACGACUCCUCCACGAGUGAUAACGACAUCGCCCUGCUGCAACUCUCCUCGCCCGUCAGCUUCACCAACUACAUCCGCCCGGUGUGUCUGCCGGCGGAAGGCAGUGAGUUCGCUGCCGGGACGACGUGCUGGGUCACCGGAUGGGGCACCAUCGGAACCGACAUUCCUCUUCCAUUCCCUGGGCAGCUGCAGGAAGUGAGCGUCCCCAUCGUGUCUAACAGUAAGUGCAGCGAAUCCUACGACCCGAUCACCAACAACAUGAUCUGUGCCGGUCUGGAGGAGGGCGGGAAGGACUCCUGUCAGGGAGACUCCGGCGGCCCGCUGGUCUACAAUAACGGCUCCAGGUGGAUCCUGGUCGGGGUGGUGAGCUUCGGACGAGGCUGCGCGCAGCCCAACUUCCCCGGAGUUUACAGCCGCGUGUCCCAGUACCAGAGCUGGAUCAGCGGACACGUUGGCGAUCUGGGCUUCGUGUCCUCGGCCGGGACGUCAAGCCUGGUGUCUCUGUCCGUCCCUCUGCUGCUGUCCCUGCUCCCCGUCCUCCUGUCGCUCUUUGUGCUCUCAUAA